UCUGGACUCUCUAGGAACAGGUUACCUACAUUAUUCCAAUAGACAAGAAGAGAUACACUGUGCGCCUCCAGAAAAGUUAUUUUUUAGCAGACCGUUUUAUGGUUUAUUCGUACAAUAAAGGAUUUGUGACUACUCAGUCUCUAGACAUCCCGUCUCAAUGCUACUAUCAAGGAUACAUUGAAGACUAUCCGAACUCCAUUGCCACAAUCAGCACGUGCUCUGGACUGAGAGGAAUCCUGCAAUUUGAAAAUGUGUCUUAUGGAAUCGAGCCCCUGGAAUCUACAGUUAGAUUACAGCACAUUAUUUAUAAAUUAGAGAAUGAAGGGGAUGAUGACCUAUCAAUUUUUAACACAAAUAGCAGGAACAUACAGAUACCGCAGAACUACGACAUUCUUAUCAAUGAAAAGUCAGAAUCACCUUUAAAACAAUUGUUUCCUCUCUAUUUAGAGAUGACGAUUGUGGUGGACAAAGCCUUGUAUGAUUACCUGGGCUAUGACAGCAUGAUUGUAACAAAUAAAAUCAUUGAUAUCAUCAGUCUUAUAAAUUCAGUGUUUUCCCAACUCAAGGUUACUGUUGUGUUGUCCUCAUUGGAGCUGUGGUCAGACAGAAAUAGGAUUUCUACAGUUGGUGAAGCAGAUGAAUUAUUGCAUCGAUUUUUAGAAUGGAAGAAAUCGUAUCUUACCCUAAGACCUCAUGAUAUUGCAUAUUUAUUUGUUUAUAACGAGUACCCAAAUUAUGUGGGAGCAACGUAUCCUGGAAAGAUGUGUAUGGAGCAAUACUCUGCAGGAAUCACAAUGUACCCCAAGAACAUGACUCUGGAGGCCUUUUCCGUUGUCGUCACCCAGAUGCUGGGCCUCAGUCUGGGAAUAUCAUAUGAUGACCCAGCGAAAUGCCACUGCCCAGAAACUGUCUGCAUCAUGACUCCAACAGCUGUGCAAUCUACAGGUAUGAAGGUGUUUAGCAAUUGCAGUUUGAGUGACUUUGAACAUUUUAUAUCUAAUGUGGGUGCCAAAUGCCUUCAGAAUAAGCCACAAAUGCAAACUAGUCCAAGACCCGUCUGUGGAAAUGGAAGAGUGGAGGGAAAUGAAAUCUGUGAUUGUGGCACCGAGCAACAAUGUGGUCCUGAUAGCUGUUGUGAACCGACAACUUGUGUUCUGAAGCAAGGCAAUGCUUGUGACAGCAUGUCUCCCUCACAAACCUGCUGCCAAGACUGUAACUUUGUAGAACAAAACCAAGAAUGUAGGCCCCCAAAGCAUCCAGAUUGUGAUAUUGCUGAAGUCUGCAAUGGGAGCUCAGGAGCUUGUCCACCUGAUAUAACUAUACACAAUGGGCACACUUGCAAGGCAGGUGGGUUUAUCUGUUUUGAUGGAGACUGUCCUGACAUGGAUAAACGCUGUGAGGCGAUAUAUGGAGAAGGUUCACGGAAUGCUCCAUUUUCUUGCUAUGAAGAAAUCCAGGGUCAAACUGAUCGGUUUGGCAACUGUGGUAAAGAUCGGCAAAACAGAUACAUAUUCUGUGGAUGGAGAAAUCUCAUAUGUGGGAGAUUAAUUUGUACUUACCCCAAACAAACUCCAUAUAACCCACCUAAUAGCAGCACUGCUUCUGUGAUUUAUGCUUUUGUACGGGACCAAGUAUGUAUCUCUGUGGACUUUGGAUCGAGUGUCAGAGAAGAUCCACUCAAGGUCAUUAGUGGCUCUGUAUGUGACCUUGACAGGAUUUGUUUAAAUAAUAUAUGUGUAGAAACAAGAUUUCUUAAGAAUCAGUCGAGCACAUGUUCAAGCAAGUGCAAUGGAAAUGGAGUAUGCAAUUCACUUGGUGAAUGUCACUGUAACGAAGGCUUCGGGCCUCCAGACUGUAGCACGAGUGUCCGGUCUUCCUGGUGGUUUAACAAGAAUGAUCUGACCAUGGAAGGAUCUCCUAAGAACUCAGAAAAGAAGUGGCUUCUAAGUUUGUACAUUGCUUUAAUUAUUUUCACCUCAACAGUCCUAGUAUUCACAGUAUGGAAAGGCUUGAAACCGUGGCUUUUCAAGGAAGAGGAAUCCCUGAGUAGCGAAACCAAAUCAGAAAGCAACACUCACACCUACACCAGCAGAACAAAAUCCCAGACAAGCAGUGGAACACCUACCAACAGUUAUUAGCUAUUCCUUCCGGAAGAGGCUAGCACCCAGGGGCUCACCGAGAAAUGGAAGAGUCCACGUUCUUCCCUUGGUCACAGCUAAAGGAGCUAAUAAACGGAAUGUGGACCAAUU